AUGAGUUCUCUUUGCCCAUUUGCAGCAUGGGGCAUGGAUUUUAUUGGACCGAUUUAUCGUGCUGCCUCCAAUGGUCAUAAGUUCAUUUUGGUUGCCAUUGAUUACUUCAAAAAGUGGGUCGAAGCUGUUUCCUACAAAGUUGUGACGAAGAAAGUUAUGGCAGAUUUUGUUUGCAAUAAUUUGAUAUGUCAUUUUGGGGUUCCAAAGUCUAUCAUCACAGAUAAUGGAGAAAAUCUGGACAGUCACUUGAUGAAAGAGAUAUGUGAACAAUUCAAAAUUACCCAUCGUAAUUCAACUGCAUAUCGUUCUCAGAUGAAUGGAGUUGUGGAAGCUGCUAAUAAGAAGGAUAUUGAGAAAAAUAGUUAUCGCACCACAAUCUUGACCUCAAAUAAGGCAACUCCUUAUAUAUUGGUAUACGGAACUGCAGCAGUGAUACUGGCCGAAGUUGAGAUACCAUCUUUAAGGAUUAUUCAGAAAGAUGGAUUGAACGAUGUUAAAUGGGUUCGCAGGAUCAAAGAACUUUUGAAGAUAAUGGGACAAGGAGCAAGGCAACUUGAAGAUAUCAACGCAGAUUAG